GACUGCUCCUCCUGUAAAGAUGGCGGUGAGCAGCAUCCGAGUCCGGCCGAGCAGGAGCGCGCGGAUCAGAGGUGACAUACACAUACACACACACUCACUUACACACGCAUUAACCCUCCGUUCACAGGUAACUGUACACAUGUAUGACUGUGUGUGUGUAAAUGUGUGUGUCCUCCUUUAAAUCCUGCUCAUGUGUGUGUGGUAGGUCGGAAUGAAAGCGCGGAGGAAGCCGUCCCUCUGGAUCUAAACAGAGGUGAGUUUGAUGUCUGACAUCAGGAGCAUCCACGCUCAGCAUCACCUCAACUCUGUGUGUGUGCGCGCGCGUGUGAUGUUCAAACUUCAUGUCAAAUGUCUGAGUGUGUCUGUCUGUGCCUCCUCUAUGUUGUCCUGAUUCUCUGUGCUCAUCUUCCACACUAACUUUCAAUCCUAAACCUGUUUUCAUGGAGUAUGAAACAUUCUUAGAUGAUUUUGAUUUCAGUCACCUUUGACCUGAGAGCCCCCUUAAACAAGGGUUGUAAAGUGCAACACUGACGCUGGAAAAAAAGUAACUUCAUUGCUGAAGUUAGUGCAGCAUCAACAUUACCUUAUGCAGUUAUGAUAUUGAGCAUUUUUCAACAAUAGGUUUGGGAAAAUAUGCUUUUGCAUAAACCUGAGGGUAAAUGUUACUCUUUGAACCCUCACCACUUUCAUUUAAAUGUAAGUACUUCAAGUAAAUUCUAAAACAAAAUAUAUAUUUACUGUCACUGAAGUAGAAUAGCCUUUACUUCAGUAACAUGCUGUCAAAGUAAUUAUACUUUUGAGUUAAAUAUUUGGGUGCUUCUUCCUCUUCUAUUCAAGUGUCUGUGAGUAAGUCCAAAUAUCAGAAACAUGUUUCCUUAUUAGAGACAGAUGAUGGUGUCUUUGCUAUAUCAGUGAAACACUGAGGAGGACAGAAAUAGAGGCACAGAGAUGCAGUAGAAGAUGAUGAAGAGAGGAUUUUUAUGUUACGACUCUCACAGAUCAGACAGAGCUGUCCUCUCUGUGAUAUUAAAAUAGAAAAUCACAGAGACAGACAGACACUAGAAUUAGAGUUUGUUGCUCCUGGAGUCGACUGUACAAUAAAACACAGAAGAGCAAAAGUACACAAGAGACAUACUCUCCAUGGAAAAUAUACACUUUUCAAAGUGUAGAAGGAGUGUACAAAAAUAAAAGGUUAGGACAGAUACUUAAAUUUGUUCCAAGGAAGCACAUUUUAAAGGCAGUGACACUUAAUCAGACAAAAACAUCAAAUUAUGACUAUCACAGACAUUUAAAUGCAUCAAAGCAUUCAGAAAUUAUAUAUAUAUAUAUAUAUAUAUAUAUAUAUAUAUAUAUAUAUAUAUACGAAAACAGUCUCAAAGGGGUUGGGAGAAAAACUUACAAAUCAUCAAAAAAUAUGAAAACUUUAUAAAAAUAUUCAAUAUGCAAAAUUUUUAUACUGAAAGGUGCAGAAAUCUAAAAAUCUAAUCAAGUCCCAAUAAAACGAUGAGAAAUGGACGGUCAGUGAUUAUAUAGAAAAGUUCACACAUACAUGAUAGCCUGUAAAACUGUUUUUACUCCUGAUCAUUUUUAUAACACAUUUUUAUCACACUGUAAGGCUGUUAACUCAUACUCAAAAACUCACAAUAUCUUUAUAGUUUAAUUUAUAGCUGGCUCUGCUGUUUAUUGGUCAACCCAGUGGAAUAUUAAUCUGCAGUGAUUUGACUUUGAUCUUAUCGAUCAAAAGCACUUUGUUGUUUCAGCUUUUAACUCAUGAGAUUUUCUGUGUCUCCAGUGUAUAGAAACAGUGUUUGAUAAUCUCUGCAAUUUUUUCAGUGGACUGCAAACCAAAAGUUGGGCUAAUGAUAAAUAAAAUAGUGAAUACAGACAGUAAAAUGACCAUAGGUCUGCAGCCCAGGUGUAACUGAGUUGUAAAAAAAACAGUCUGGUUACAGUUCCUGUGCUGUGGGUACCAGUGUUUACCUUGUGUGUUUGUGUUUCCACGUAAACGUGGUCACUGUUUCAGUUUGACACUCUCCACUACAGUAACACCUGUUUAAAGUGAAUAUUUUCCUGUUCACUUAAAGAUGUAGUAUUAAACCUUGGAUAAAAAUCUCUGUACAUGUUUUUUUUCCUUCUGGUUUCAGAUCCUGCAGAGAAUCUCCAUGAAAUCCUCCAAAAUGUCUCAAGGCUAAGAGAAGUCUCCAACAUGAGGAAGCUGGGACACCUCAAUAACUUUGUGAAGGUUUGUUAAAACCAAACCGGAGCUGUAACGAGAGAUAAUCUCAUGAUCUGAAGUUUGAAAAGGCUGGUUAUGUUUAUGAAACUUAAUCUUACCUAGAUGUUAGUGAAGGUGAAACACAGUGAAGCUGAGAAACUGAAAGAAAGAUUUUGACAGAACAUGAAAACUAAAAGUAGAUAAGACACUGACAGAAAUAGAACAGAGAGAAGAAGGACAGGAGCUGAGUGUGCAAGUUUAUCAACAGUCUGAGUCUACAACAGUCUAAGCCUGUACUAGUUUAAGUCUUCUGCAGUCUAGGCUUAUUGCAGCCUAACUAGAACUGGUCUAGGUCAGAGCAGGCCUUUAUGUCUUAGUCUAUCCAAAAGCAAGGGUCUCAGUUUUGUCCUUAUAGUAGAGAGGUUGAUUGCCUUUUAGAUCUUAUCUGGUGAAUGAAUCCAAAGGAGAGGGUUUUGAUUACCAAAGUUUCCACCUCUCAUACUCCUUUGAGAUGUUUUAGCCGCCUUGAGCAGGUUUGCACAGUUCAAGAGUUGAUGCAGAAAAAAACAUUGAAGUGAAGUUGAAAUAUCUCUAAAGGGCAGAACUGUCAUUUAUCUAUUGUUUUGGCAUUUAUCUAUUACCACUGCUGAGGUACUCUGGUUUGACCAGAGCAUUUCUACUCUGUCCUGAAGCGAUCACCAUUUUCUCUGUAUGUCUGCUCUCAGCUGCUGUGCAGUGUGGGUCACUCAGAGGAGAAACUGGGCUUCACCCACGAGGAGAUCAUCAUCUGGUGAGUGUUUGAACGUGUGUGUAUAUUCAUUAUUCUGCUGCAGACUGAGCUCUGAAUCCUGCUCUCACGCUCCCUCUGCUCAGUCUUAGGUUAGCGUUACUGAAUGAGGUUAAAGAGGUUCGAGCGGCAGGACUGCGAGCUCUGCGUUACCUGAUCAGAGACAGCAGAGUGAUGGAGAAGGUGCUGAGACUGCAGGUGGAUUACCUGAUCGCCAGGUGAGUCAUUUUGACACGAUGUGAGGAGGGUGGGAGUUUAACAAUCACAGGUUUUUAUGCAAGUGAGAGGGAGCUGUGUGUCUUUGUCGUGCUUUCCUGUACUCUGAAUAUCAAACUAUCACUGCAGCUGUUAAACGCAGAUCUGAGGGUGUAGCCAGAGGGGCUGCAGAUUUCAGAUUCAGCUUUCUCUGCAGUAUAAUUAAGGGUUUGAAGUUAAAGUCACUCAGUUUCCAGCUCAGCAUUUGAAUUUGUAAAAUGUUUUUAACUUCAUUCAGAGACUUCAAAAUUCUUAUUUCUUUAACUGUGAAUUAUUUAAGGAGAUUUAUAAAAAACUGAGUGUAUUUUUUUUUUACUUCCAGACCUGGACCACCUAAAAUUCCACUGUCUCACAGAUAUGUUUCUUCCUUAUUUGAUUGGUCCUCUUGACUCUGUCUCAGGUGCAUCGAUAUUCAGCAGAGUAACGAAGUCGAAAGAACUCAGGCUGUCAGACUGGCUCGCAAGGUGAGAUCUGCUUUUAACUCGGGAUUCAGGAUAUUGGAUUUUUUCAGAUAUUCGAUGCAUCAAGAUUUCAAACUAAUUUUGUCUGACGCUGACAUGUAUACCUAUUCAUAUGAUUUCUUUUUAAAUACAAAAUAACUCCCAGUGUUUUCUCACUAGAAAUGACCUUUUGUUUUACGGCGACUGUCUAUCUGUUCUAGAGGCAGACAUAAAACAAGACAAGCACCUGUAUAUUUUUCCAUACAGAUAUGUCAUGUGUUGGUACACAUUGAAACAACUUACCAGAUAAUCAUACCUCUUCACUAACUUUCCUCCAGCUGAGCUCUGUUUUAUCACUCUGAAUAUCUAUUCUGUUAACAGACAAUAAUUAAAUAUUCAAGAAAGUUUUUUUAUUUAAAAUUCCAAAAUAUUUGACACUUUUGUCAAGAAAAAUAUUGCAAAUAAUAGCUUAAUUUGCCAAUAAGCAUUAAAAUUUCACAUUUUGUUGUAUUUGAGGUUCAGCCAGAGGCCAAGGAGAGGGUUGUAAGUAACCAAACAAACAGAGCAGGGUAAAAAUGCAAAAAUACUCCAUCCUCCAAAAGAUUGACUGCAGCUUUAAAUGAAAACAGCGACAUCUGCAGAAAGUGUUUGCUAAGUUAUAAUUUAACAUGACUAAGGGAGAAGUUUGAGCGGACUAAUUUUAGAUAUCAGGAGCUAUUUUUAAUUCAUUGUUUUUUAUCUUAAGGCUUAUGCAGCAGUCAAUGUUGAUUUUUUUAACAUGUGCAACAGAUUGUAAUGUGUCUAAAGGUUCGAGCUCUCUCUCCGUCUGCACCUGAUUUUAAGUCUGAUAGUUGUGAGGUGAAUAUUGAUCCACCUCACAGGAGAGCAGAUAUUUCAGUCUGAACCAAAAUACUCCAGAAACACAGACUGUGCCCUACUUACACACACGCUGACUUCCUCUGUGUGUGUGUGUGUGUGUGUGUCCUCUCACAGAUGAUCAGUGUGAAUGCUCGUCUCUUCCCUUCUUCUCUCACCAACUCACUCAUCGCCGUGGGGAACGACGGGCUGCAUGAGCGAGAUCGGAUGGUGCGAGCAUGCAUUGCCAUAAUCUGUGAGCUGUGUGAGUAAGCGAGCUCGCACAAACACACACACAAACACACACACACACACACACACCCACAUCCUGACGUCAGCGCUGUCACAGUGUGUGUGGCCUCUUUAUUCGGCAGCCUUAAAGAACCCCGUUGUGGUGGCCCAGCGGGGGGGUCUCAGCACCAUCCUGAGGAGUGUGACGGCUUGUCAGCUGAUCCGGAUCAACGAGGCUCUGAUCACUACCGUCCUGCACCUCCUCAACCACCCACACACACGCUGCUACGUCCGCGCUGAUGUGGAACUCGAGGUAGAGAAACACUCUGACAGCUUGUUUCUAAUGCAACUGCUGGUUUUUAACACCAAACCUGACCCUGUGUGUUUCAGCAAAUUCUGGCCCCAUAUACAGACUUCCACUACAGACACAGCCCUGAGUCAGGGCAGAUAAAGUGAGUCCACAUGGUUUGAUCAAACAUUUUUCAUCCUCCUGACAGUGUGGAGCAGUUUUUUUCCUGAUGGUUUGUUGUUAACUGUGUUCAAUCUUCACAUUCAGGGAGGACAGACAGGCUCAGUUCACCGCCAGUAAAAUGUCCAUCAUUGCUUCCUUUCGCUCCUGGUCAGGUAAAAACUGCCGUUUAAACAUCAGUCAUGUUUUCCCUCUUCAGACUUUAUUGGUGUAUUUUAUGCACACUUAAAGACCACUGAGGCGGACACCAUGACAUGAACCAGUAUUACCAGUAUUUGUUGCUUGAAUGCGUUAAACAGACCAGGACAGAGUUUGAGAGUAUUUAUGAGGAUGAAUCUGUGGGUCUCUGUUCAUUUUAAUGUUAGUAGGACAGUCAGCUGACUUCAUUAAAACAAGUACUGGAUUGUGACCUCUAUUUUUGUCUUAUAAGUGGUAUUUCAGGAUAUUACAUCCCAAAAUAAGAUCUGAAUUGCUUGCAGUGAGUAAAAAAAACAACAACAAUAAACAAUGAAGUUACUGAAUCAAAAACAUUCACUUUAAAAUGCCUCAUACAGGUUUUUUAUAGUGAUCUUUUCUUUUUCCAUGAGCAGAUUGUUUUCUUCUCAGUAUUAGCACCUCUUAUUUUUGACUUGAACCUUUUUAAACCUUUUUGCAGGUGAAUUAGGAUUAAACUUAUCCUAACAGAGACUUCUUAUUAGAAAUGAGACAUGAUCACUUCCUAAGAUUUGAGUUUUUAGAGUUUUGAUGGAGCAUAUUCUGAAGUUAUUAUUGAGUCAAAGUUUUAGUAACAAAUGUUAGUAAAGUUCAGUUUUUAUCAGUGCCCUGAUUCAUAGAACAAUGUGCUGAUGAGACCAGUGAAGUAUUUCAGUAUUUCAAUAUGACUUAAGUCCUAUAAUUUAAUAUCUGUAUUCUCGUAAAUUUACAACUCUCUACUCUAAAUCUGUGAUUUUAUUCUCAAAGAUUUACAGCUUUAUUGUCUUAUAAAUGACUGUGUAGUCUUAUUUUAAGUCAUCACUUUAUUUCGUAACUUUCAGCUUUAAUGAAAUUAUACCACUAAAGUCUGAUAAAUUUACUCUUUUUAACUUUUGAUUUUAUAUUUACAACUUUAUUCUCAUCAUGUAAGGACAUAAUUGUCCUAAAUGUAUAAGUUUAUUCUCCUGAAUCUGUUGCUUUAUUCUCUCUUAAUCUUUAUUCUCAUAGAUAAAUAAUUUACUGUAGAGGUAGAAAGAUGUCUGUCAUUAGACCUAUGUAAAUUUAUUUGUAUGUAAAUUCAGUCUGUAACAAACACAGUUCUGGUUUUGAUUUCUGUAGAGAAAAAUGUUGUUUUCAAAACAAAGUUUACUCUUUGAAUCCUGCACCAUGAAAACAACACAGAUCCUCCUGUGCUCUCUGUUUCUCUGUGAGAGCCUCUUUAACCCUCAUCUAUUUACAGUCUGCAUGAAUACAUCACUGUGUGCAGUAAACUAACACUAUCAUCUGUGCAUGUGUGUGUGUGUGUGUGUGUGUGUGUGUGUGUUUAUGUGUGUUCCCCCUGCAGGUAUCAUUAACCUGUGUAAGUCGGGCAGCUCUGGACUCCAGUCUCUGAUUGGUUUACUCUGUAUACCAAACAUGGAGGUGCGGGUAGGUCAGACUGUAACAGUGGACUCAGUUUGCUGGUAGAGGACACAACCUUAACACUCUGUGUUUGCAGAGCAUGAAUGUUUGUAAUAAUAUUAUUAUUGUAAUGCUGCAGCUACAGACUGUUUGAAGUCUAGUAUUUCCAAACCUGCUCCGUACGUCAGACAGAGUCACAAAGUCACAAAGUGUUCAGUCAUUGUCACAGACUGUAUUUAUUUAUAAGUGCACCAUUUUCCUCUGAAGGUCCAUGUUCUGUUUCAGGUAAAAUUCUGAAAAAAGUGUUUACAUGCACACCAGAGUAGAGAUGCAGGAAUAUUUUAGUUGACAUGUUAAUCUUAAUAUUCCUAAUAAACCAGUGAUUUAUAGAAACUGGAACAUCAUAACUUUAAAAUAUAUCACGCAUCCUUUUUUAUGAUAACUUCAUGCCCAGUCCACAAUAUGCUGCUGUAGCUCUACUUGUGUUGCUUUUCAAACAGCUUUACGCCAUAAUUCAAUGAGAUCCCUCAUUCACAUCCUCAAUAAUGGCACAUUAGAAUAAGUUAUGUUCUGUGUUUUGUUAUGUUAUAUCAUGUGAUGUAAUGAGUUGAUUAUUUUGCGAUGCUUUUCAUUCAUCCAUAAAUGUCAAUACUUUUGCACCUUUCAUUAUUUCAAAAAACAAACAAAAUACCACAAUCCCUCACAAACUAACAAAGCACAGACUUAAGGUGUCAAUAACUCAUAUGCAAUCAGAAUACGCUGAUUAUUCUGAUCAAAACAGGAAUACGGUGUGCAUGUCAAUGUUAUCAUUAUCAUGUUCAAAUGAUCAGGGCUCAGUCCUCAUGUAAUUUUACUUUCUUUUGUUUGCUUUUGAGUGGCCGGGUUGUUACAGAUAUUCAAAAGAACUAUGCUCCAAACACUCGGCGUCCUGUUUUUCAGAGGUUUAGUUUAUUUGUUUAAGCUGUGAAUGAUACAUAUAAAGUUAAAGUUCCUGUGAGAACAUUUUAACAGGUUAAGAGACUGAUUAAGAUUAAGUGAUGCCUCAGUUUAACCUCCAAAAGCAUUCAAGACCAUCAGUGCCACAACUGCUUUUUUGUCCACAGGGGGGCGCCAACAUGGUCACAAAUCAGCAGUUCCCCUCAGCAGUUUUAAAGCCUGGAGUUUUUUGACAUAGAUACAAAAUUGAAAGAGUUUCAUUGUUAUGCUUUUGCCAAAAUUAACACAAACCAAAAGUGCUUCACAGGAGCGUUAAAAUAAUCCUGAUGGUUUUUGUCUUCACUAAGCAGCUCUCUGAAUUUCUGUCUCUCGCCAACAGAAGGCUCUGUUAGAGGUGUUUUAUGAAAUCUUCCACCUGGUCAAACCUGUAGUGACUGCAGACUUCAAUGAAGCUCUGAUCAGUGUAGGUGAGUAUGAUGACAUCACUCUGACUCACCUGUCUGAGGUCUGGUGAUACGCUGACUCUCUUCCUGUCAGAUCCCAGCAGGUUUCAGGACAGCUGGAGGCUCUCUGAUGGAUUUGUGGCGUCUGAGGCGAAAACUAUUCUCCCCCACCGAUCCUGCUCCAGGUAGGACUUUAAUGCACUGAUUAAAUAUUUGACUGUUUGAUGUGAGCUUAAAAGAAACUUUUUAAAACCUUGAUCGAUUUGAAUUCCUAGGCCGGACCUGAUGGAUAACUACCUGGCUCUGGUUCUGUCUGCAUUCAUCCACAGCGGCUUGUUAGAGGUACCAUCGCUCACGCUUGCAAUUAACUCCAGUCUUUCACCAAGAGUCCAAGUCAGGUCCCAUAAGUUAAUGUCUGAGGUUUUUGGGAUUUCUAGUCUUUGACAGAAAGUCAUAUCUGAAGAUCCCUACUGUAAGUCCUAGUCAAGUUCUAACCAUGAGUACAAGUUAGGUUUUGAGCCUCUUGUUUUUAACCACAAAUUCAAAUUUAUUCUCAAAUUUCUAACCACAAGUCUCCAGUCUUUGACCGUGGGCCCAGGUCAGGUCCCAAGUCUUUUCCUACUAGUAGAAGUCUAGUUUCAGGUUCUGAUCCCCAGUUACAGUCGACAACAGAAAUAGCUGAUUUCAACUUUGAGUCACUCUCAUGAUCAGGCAAAAAUCCAGACAUGUUGUUGGAUUUGACAGGUAAAAUUUCAGGUGGGCUGGGGCACCCCUAGCUGCACCCUAAAUCUGCCUCUGAACCUGCAUCUCUCCUCUUAGAGUCCUGCCUCCUUCCUACAGCUCCUAUAUGCCUAUCAGAUCUAAAGGAAACACUGAUCAGUCCAGGACCCAAAUAACGUGACUUGUGUUUUUUCGUUAUCACAGCAGGCGAUCCGUGUGUGUGUGUGUGGACAAGUGUUGUUCAAGUCACCCAAAUGCUGAGCAAACAGCUUUACAAUCUUUUAAGGAUGAAUGUCAUUGAUAGAAAAAAAAAAUGUGAUGUCAGUAUCAAUCCAAAUAAUCCUGAUAGUGAGUUUUCCUGUCUCUUUGUUUGACUCUGCAGGGUCUAAUCGAGGUGAUCACCAGCAGUGAUGAGGUCUUAUCUGUUUGUGCCACCGUCCUGCUGGGAGAGCUUCUCCACAUGGUGCCCCCUUUCUCUCUAUCACUACAGCAGAUCUAUUUCAUUGAGAUCUCUUUGUUUCCAUUUGCUAAAUUCAUUAAUGCGAUUGUCCUCUCACAGGCGAACACCAUCCUCCCUCACAGCCACAGCCACCACCUGCACUGUUUACCGUCCCUCAUCAACAUGGCCGCCUCUUUCGACGUCACACCUGAGAAAAGACUGUGAGUACCUGUCAGUUUAGGUACUUCAUUUAGGUAAUUCAUUUGCUCAUACAUAAUAUCUGGGAAUGAUAAGGUCCUAAUCUUGGGGCCAGAGAUGAUAAGUUUUGUGGAGGACUGGUGGAGCUCAAGAGGAGUGAGGGUUUCGCUCUCCUCACUGUCUUCGAAAAUAAAUGCAGUCUUGGAUCUAAUUUUUCUGUUUUCUGGUUUGCGCAACUCCAAAUGGAUCACAAUUUCCUAAAUGAACCAAAGACUAUUUUUGGUGCACUACCAUGCAAGUAACAGGCAGUAAACAAAUGUUGUUUUUUCAGGCGAGCGAGUGCUGCUGUGAACCAUCUGAAGUGUUUCCAUGAGAAAAAGAAGAGAGGAGUGCAACCUGAGAGUCUGUACCUCGGCCACAUCCUCCGAAACUCAGGGGCGUCACACUGCUGCAGAGAGCAGAGCCUCAAACCUCACAGAGACAUCUUCAUCAUCAAGGUAGAUAUAUACCUUUACCUGCUUUAUUAUUUAGAUAGAGAGCUACCUCCACCCCAGCUCCUCCUUUUUAUGAUUGUUACCGGUGCUACUCUGUUCUAGAUCCUUAUGGUCUUUGGUGAUGCGUUCCCAUUCUUAGCUCUUUAUGUAUGCACAUGAAAAUGUGUUGAGAUGUGCUGUCCCCAUCUCAGGCUUUAACAGGACGUCGUUAAAUGCACCGUAAAGAAGUGUAACGUCAAGCAAAACAGGAACAUAAACAUACUGGCGAGGGAUAAGAUUUGAAGGGCAGGGAGCUUUUCAAAGCAGAGCCGUACCACCAAAUAUGACUUUGAACAUGAAGAUGAUUUAUUCUCUUUGACUGGAGAGGUCCUGAAAAUUCCAUGCAUGCCUUUGUGGUCCUUUAUUAAAGUCGGAAAUCAUUAAGUUUUUUGACUAUUAAACAUUAGACUACUUUAAUGCAUGUAAAAAGUGACUGAAGCUGAAGUGGAGUUGAAAUGAAAAAUGAAUCAGUUUCUUCAAAAUCACUUCAAAUGUACACAGCUGUCUGGAUCUCUCCUGUUGUGAACUAUUAGCUUGAAAAAGUCGUGUGUUUGUCAUGCAGGACUCAGAAGACGCCCUGAUGUCCCACCUGAGAGAUAGCCACAUCCUGUCCCACAAAGACCACCUGGACUGGAACUGGAGUCUGAUAGGAACCGUUUUAAGGGUACAGAAUAUUUUGCUGCUAUAACUUCAUUUUACUGGAACAAAAGUGACAUAUUUGACCUGGGAUGAUAUUUUUAGUUAGUGGUGAAAAGCUUGGAACUAAACAACUGAGAUAGUCCAUCCAGGAGUGAGCCGGCUGACUUUCUGCUGCUCAGUUUGCUGUCAGGGUUAAUAGAUUAUGAGGCUGGAAAAUAAGAAAUCUGUUCCUUUAUUGAGCUCUGUGUGCACCUGUUCAGGUCAACCCCGAAACACAAAUAGCUGUGACUCCUACUGUACAGGUUUACAGAGCUUUUAAUUUGUGUGUUUUCUUCUCGUGUCCAGUGGCCAAACAUCAGUUUACGAAGCCAUAAAGAUGAACAAAUGCACAAGUAAGCACUCCUUCGUCUUUGUCCAUGUUGUCUUUGCUCUUUUCCAACAUGGUCUAACAGCCCCUUACACAGCUCUGUCGCACAUUCAUAUUUAAUUUCCUGCAGAUUCGUGCACCGUCUCCUGUUGUUCUAUAAGCCCAGCAGUCAGCAGUACGGCAGCCUGGAGCUGGAGCACCCGAAGGCUCGACAGCUGACUGUGGUCGGCUGUCAGUUUGUGGACUUCCUGCUGCUCUCUGAGGAGGUGAGAAGAGACACAGACUGAUAAACACUGCAGAACAUUAAACACAGACUCAAGGCUGUUUCUGCAGUUAUGAUGUCAGAUUAGAUUUGGAGAUGGUUCAUGAACAGCAGAGUCUAACAGAGGAAGGAAGGAUCCAGCAAUUUUUGAGUUGUGUUAGGAUCAUAGUCUUUUAUCUGAAAGUGUCCAAAAACUCAGUCUGAAGAUGCAUGAGCCAAAGUUUGCUGCUUAUCUGCAAAAUUUCAUCAGACAUGCACAAGCUUUUUCGAAAUGAGAAAAAAUAUACAGGAACUGAUGUUGCAGAAUCUUGACUCAUAGUUUCGCAUCGGCUCGGUUAACACUUACCACAGUAUGACUGACAGGACUGGCUGCAGUAUCUCUUUCUGCACAUGCUCAGGGUCAGCUGUGUUAUAGAGUUGUGUGAUAUGCAGGGUAUCAGUACAGCUGAUGUUUCCUUUUUGAAGUGAUUUAUUGAUGUUAUUCAAAGUGACUCAAAAAGCUGAGAGAUGCAUGCAGCUUACAAGCCCCAGGUUGACUCUGAUGCCCUGGGUCCAAUAGCUACGUUUACAUGGAGCCAAAUAUUCCGAAUAUAAUCGGAUUAGAAGCCCAAUCGGAAUGAAAAUGCUCCAUAUAAACACCUCAUUCGGAAUAAACAGGCCCAUUCCGAAUGGAAUUUCAUUCCGAUUCACAGGGGUAGAAUUUUCCUUUUCCCAUUCCGAUUAAAAGCAAAAUCCUGUCAUGUAAACGGUGAAUCGGAAAGUUGUCAGGCUGGGUUCUGUCUGCGCAUGCUCUGUCCUGAUGUAAACAAGCAGUGACGUAUGACUCACAUGGAAACAUGAUGGCGGCUUCCAAGCAGAGCACGAUGCACUGGUCUGCGUCGGAGAUCACGUGAUCAAUCAAUCACGUGAUGUUUGAAGGUAUCACGUGUCUGUAAAUAGCUGUUCCGAUUGAAUGCCGUGGCUCAUGUAAACACCAGAUCAGAAUAGAUCGCUUCCAUGUAAACAGUUCGCCUGGGAGCUUCAAUCGGAAUGAUUAUAAUCCGAAUGAGAAAAAAGUCUGCAUGUAAACGUGGCUAUAGACUGUAUAUACCUGUACUAUGGACAACUUGGUCCCGCCUUCCACCAGAAUACGGAUUUGAAGCUGAAAAGCUCUCGGUAAUUCCGCAUUUUUCCUUCACUUCCUGAAACCAACAUUGCGCAGUAGCGUUGUACGCAUUUGGCGGGAGAGUCAAAUGAGAGUCAAAAAAGGACAAGAGCACCAACUAGUCUUACAAUAACUACAUGUCAACAUCGCAAGCAGGGGGAGAGAAUGAUAUUCUGUGUGAUAAAUUUCUAAAGUUUGUCCACAAUGCUAUAAGGAUUGCUGGAGGAGGCAGGAUUUAUGACCUAUACUGCAGCCCGUCACCAGAGGGUGCUGUUCUCCGGGUGGCUUCACCCAGCGAGGAGGCAAACGCUGUCCAUUCUAUAUACAGUCUAUGUCUGGGUCAUUUGUUCUGGGUGAUCUAGUAGCUCUGAGGAAUGGAGGGCAGAGAUGAAGAGAGCGGCAACUUUUAGAAAGUGUCCUACAAAGAAGUGGAUCAGUAAACUGGGAAGUGUUGGAACAAUCGAGGACAGGUAGACACAUGGUAGUGUUAAAGUCAGGGGUGUCAUGUUCUGGGAGGUUUCUACUGUAGUCUACUGUAAAUCUUAUAUUUUCUACUUUUAACUUGUGGCACAAUGUUUGAAUAAUCAAAGUAAGAUCACUACAUAGCAGCGUCUUAACCCCUCCUCUGUGUUUCAGGAGGGUCAGGUGUACCUGGAAGACCUGGUGAGGGACAUCGUUCAGAGUCUUUUCUGCAUUCAGACAAAGCCUGAGCGCGGUCUGUCAGGCAGCAGGCUGCUCACCACACUCAGCCAGCACUACUUCCUGUUCCUGGGCUCCCUGUCAGCUCACACACAUGGCGUCAGGAUGCUGGAGAGGUGCAGCGUCUUCCAGAGGUCAGCAGACAGCCGACAUCACAGCUCCGAAUGUUUAUUUACACACAGAAUUUAAUGCAGCGUACCGUGCCAGAAUGAACUGUGCUCCUCCUGAGGCCUCGGGGUUUGGUACUACUCAGUCUGUGGAUGGCUUCCUGGCUUAGUUUUGACCUGGAUUUGUAGAUGUGGUGAUGAACUGUGCUCUACACUCCAAAUAAACGUAGAUAUUUGGACACGCUGCUUCCAAGUGUGUCAGUGUAAUGGGACUCAGUGUUUCUGGUUUUAACUCUGAUUCCUCUCCUGUCCUCUGUCAGUCUGCUGGGGAUGUGCAGUCUGAAGAAUCAGGAACACCUUCUGAAACUGACCGUCUCCACCCUGGACUACAGCAGAGACGGUCUGUCCAGAGUCAUUCUGUCCAAAGUCCUCACAGCUGCCAGCGACGUAAGACUCACAUUUGUGCUUUUGAUCAAGAGAGUUCACAGAACAGAAAGGAGUAGCCUCUUUAAAUUCACUAAAAACUAUUCUCUCUGAAGAGGUAAAUUCUGAAGGGGGGACUUUUUCCAAAUUUUAGAGUAACAUGAUCCUCUCUGUCCGUCUCUAGUCUCCUGCUAACUCCUAUAACUCCAUUACAGACCUGCAGGCUGUACGCCACCAAGCACCUGCGUGUCCUGCUGCGGGCAGGCGUAGAGUUCUUCAGUAAUUGGGGCAUGGAGCUCCUGGUCACUCAGCUCUAUGACAGGAAUAAGACGGUUUCCAUGGAGGCGCUGGACAUCCUGGACGAGGCCUGUGAGGACAAGGUGAGGGACGAAAAACCCACAUCAAAUAAAGGUUCACCUGGAGGUCUGAAGUUACUGAAGCAGCUUCUGUUUCCUUUGCAGACCAACCUCCACGCUCUGACCGAGAUGAAACCUGCUCUGUCUCACCUGGGGGACAAAGGUGUGCUGCUGCUGCUCAGGUAGAUGAACACACAUUAGUCCGAUUGGUUAUCUUCAUAAAUAUGGGUGGAGUUUGAUAGUGAGAAUGUUUUUUUUGCUGUCUGGUGUGUAUAAAUGAUUCUUCAGGAGACUUCUUUGCCUCCUGUGAACCAUAACGCUUUAUUAAACUGGAUCUGGGAGUUUCUAUCAUUAAAUCAAGUUUAUGUCAAUCAGGUUUAAUUUAACGGUUUUUCUUGUCUCGUCCUCAGGUUUCUGUCAAUCCCAAAGGGUUUCUCCUACCUGAGUGAGAGAGGAUACAUCUCUGCAGAGAUGGACAGAUGGCAGAAGGUACAAAUAGAGCAGCUCACAGUCAUUUUUAUAAGCCUGUCAGACAGUAAAAUAACCUGAAACAGCUGCUCUGUGUGUGUGUGUGUGUGUGUGUGUGUGUGUGUGUGUGUGUGUGUGUGUUGUGCGUGUGUGUGUGUGUGUGUGUGUGUGUGUGUGUGUGUGUGUGUGUGUGUGUGUGUGUGUGCAGGAGUUUAACCUGAAGUAUGUGGACCUGAUAGAGGAGCAGCUGAAUGAGGCUCUCACCACCUACAGAAAACCUGUUAAUGGAGAGGACUACGUUCGCCGCAGUAACCAGAGGUCAGUGACCCCCUACAGCCUCUAAAUUAUAAUUAUAAAAUUAUAAACGCCUUCCUUGACUUAGAAAGAUUGGACAGGUGUUGCAAAUUGGCAUUUUGCUUUAAACACUAGAUGCAGUGUGUCUGGGAUCUGUUCAGGGUUAAAGGUUAUUGCAUUAAUGUUACUGUGUGCCCAUGGUAAAUAAGCAGUGACAUUAUAGCUGAGGAGUUAGCAGCAUUGCAGUUAGAGUUGUUCUGAUUCUGAUGCCAAAAUCGGAAAUUUCUCCGAUACUGCUGUAAAUACUGGCACCAGUAUUGGCGAGUGCUGGAGUCCAGGCACCAAUCCGAUACCACAUAAUUUAUUAAAUUAGAAACUCUUUUACUGGUUACUUCUGCUAGCUCUGUUUAUAUUACAUUGUGCCUGCACUUAUAUAUAUAUUUUUUUCACAUAAUUAUUCCUAGAUUUAUUUAGUUAAAUUGCAUUUGCUGUUUUUAUACUGUUCUAUUUAAAAAUAAAUGGCUUGAAUUUGUUGCAUUUAUUUGUGUUUUACAAAGGGUUUAACCUGAGCCAGACCUUAAUCAUAUAAUCAUAUAAUCAUAUCACAGUCAUGCAGGCCUGGUAUGAUAUAUAUAUUUUUUAUAACAUACUGGUAUCAGAUCGGUACUUGGUAUUGGCCAAUACCCACAGCACAAGUAUCGGAAUUGGUAUCGGAGGGAAAAAUUGGUAUGGGAACAUCUUUAAUUGCAGUCAGCUCACAGCUCAGUUAGUAUUUUGAAAGAUUAUCAGUUUGGUUCAGUGUCUUCAGGCCGGGCUGUCCACAGCUUAGAAGAAUUAAGUUCAUGUACGCACUAUGCUCUGUGUGAGAGUGUACUAACUAAAUGCAGAGGAUUUAUUUCCGUGAUUUGAUGCAGACAGGUUGUGUUACUGUAACUGUGCGGCUUCAUUACUUGGAUUUAUUUAAAUAACAUCACGGUUUCAAUUGUUCAUAUCAUCAUUGCUGAGGAUCCAAACUGCCUUCGAAGAUCCUUGUUGGGUAGUAAUUGUUAAAAGGAUGUAAAGCUGAUAUAUUUCAGGAUGUUGUGCAUUCCAGGGGACAAUAACCUUAGUUUUAAAUUCAAUUGAUUUUCUUUAACUUUAAGUUCCUGAAUAAAGGAGCAGGAAGGCAAAAUGAUCACCACAGAGUUUAGACUGAGGAGCUGUGAAUCUGUGACUGCACAUCAGUGUUCAUACAAGAUAGCCAAAGAGCCAUAAAAACAUCAUUAACAGAUAUGGUUACCUGUGUGUGUAUGUUCAGCAGGUCACAGAGGCCUCAUGUUUACCUGCCUGUACACCUGUACGGUCAGCUGGUUCAUGAUAAGUCAGGCUGUCAGCUGCUUCAGGCUCAGGUGAGUUGAUCUGCUUGUUGCUUUGAUAGGACUACCCUGAGCAGGAUACAACUGUAUGUUUAAAACAAUGUCCAUAUCAGGAUUGUGGUCAUAAAAUACAAAAUGAAAAAUAUAGUAUAUAUGUAUAUGCUGUAGGAAGGUGCAGUGAUGUGGAGGGGGCUCUGGAAGAGAAACUCAGCAGCUAAUUAUCUUAAGAAUCUCUCCUGGUCUGGGGUCUUUAACCUGUGGCUUUGAGUUAGCAUGCAGUUUGGUUCGUCCCUGCUGCAGGAGUUUGGAAAGACUUGUCAUUCUUGUCCUUUCCUGCAACAAAUUCAAGUUCUUGUUCAUGUCUGCAAGCCAAAAAAGACGCCUCUAGCUGAGUGCACAACACCUGAGUACGCCUAGAGAGUGUUACUGCAUACUGAUAGUUAGAGAGCUUAAAGUUAUGCUAACAAUGGGAUAGUGGUUAGUUAUUGAAAGUCAUGUAAUAACUAAUUUCGAUACUUUUGUGCAUUAUAUAGGUGUGAGAUUCAGCUGCUGUCUGAUGGUAGUCAAGGAAGGAAAACUCAACAACUGUGCUGCCAUGAGUUGUUUGAUUUAACUUGAGUUUUUACUUUCCUUCUCCUCCUCUUUUUCUUCUUCCUUCCUUCCUCCUUGUGCAGAACAUCGUCCCUGAUUUAAGCUUCACCAUUCGCUCCCCCGUCCUGGACAGAUGGGAGGGGAUCAAACAGCUAAAGGCAGCUCUGUGGGCUCUGGUCUGCAGCUUUGACUCUGUUUUAUUUAAUGAUCUCUGACUCUGAGGACAGAACAGCCUCGGUUCAUGCUCACUGGUUGUUUAUUCUGCAGGGAAACAUCGGCUCGUCCACCUGGGGUCUGAACCUGCUGCAGGAGGAGGGUGUGAUUCCUGACAUUGUGGAUCUGGCUCACAGCUGUGAGGUCCUGUCCAUCAGAGGGUACGGCUCCUACAUGAGGCUGAUUUUACUUCAUCCAUGAAAUAUAAAAACUGAAUCAGAGCCACAGAGUCGGUCACUGUGUGUCUUUGUGUGUCUGUGUGUGUCUGUGUGUAUCCGUCUGUGUGUAGGACCUGUCUGUACGUGCUGGGUCUCCUCGGUCAGACUCGUCAGGGCUGUGACUUGUUAAAGCAGCAGGGUUGGGACUCGGUGAGACACAGCAGGAGGACUCUGUGGCCUGUAGUCCCAGAAGAGCUUGAGCCUCAGUCCAGAUCCUCAGACCUGCCUCCCUUUGAGCCCAGCAGAGCCCCCACAGAGUCCACCAGGGACCCUGCACAGCCCAGUAAGACCAGAGUGUACAAUACAGCCACAGAUUAGGUUUAAAGUCUCCAACAGGUGUGUGACACUCUACUGUGUGUGUGCGUGUGUGUGUGUGUGUGUGUGUCUGCAGGUGUGUGUGUGAUGGAUGCUGAUAGGCUGCAGGAUUCCGACCCCCCAGAGGACUCCUCCCCCUCCUCCUCCUCUAUGUAUGUCUGUCCCAAGCUGAUGAAGGAGCGUGGCCCCCUCACCAUGCUGGCGUCCUGCAGCCUCCGCAGCCGCCUCCUGCACUCGCUGUCCCUCCCCGGGAAGAAAUCCUGCACCCCCCCUCCCCCUGAGGACAGCAGCCUGGAGUCUGGGGGGGAGCAAGGGGGAGAGCCAGGGGAGGAGCAGGGGAGAGAGCAGGGACUUAAGGAGGAUUUCUCUGUUUACAACAACCACCACCUGCCCCCCUCAGGUGGAGGGGACGCCUGCUGUGAGGAGAACCGGGGAAGCAGCCCCAGCCUGGGGGAGGGGGAGGUGAACGGGUCAGGUGAGGUAAGUGGGUUGGGGGAGAACCAGCAGAGGGAGCCGUGCAGCUAUGAGCGUUUGGCUGAAGACGGCCCUUCAGGAGGGGGUGGAGUCCCGUUUAAGAGCCGCAGCCAGAGCUUUAACACCGACACCACCACUAGUGGCAUCAGCUCCAUGAGCUCCAGCCCCACCAGAGAGACCCCACAUCCCCCCACAAAGACCACCCCUCUUUCAAUCCCCAAGUCCUGCUCUGCCUACCUGGUCCCCCCUGGCUCCGCCCACACGCUGCCCCGGCGGGCCCCGUCCUUCAGGUCGCCCUCGGUGAGCGCUCUGAGCAGCCUGGCAGACUGCAGCCUGUUCUGCAGCUCCACCUCCUGCUGCACCAGCCCUCGGGACGCCCUGGGUUACACCACCCUGAGGAGGUUGCAGCACCAGCGCAUCCAGCCGUCCGUGUCCCACAGUGAGGCCCGCGCCUCCCCCGCCAAAGAGAUCCUGUUCACUGACGCCAUCACCAUGAACUCAGGCAGCCUGGACUCCAGACGCACAGCUCAGAGGUGACGGUCAGAAGUUUUUAAAAAUGUUUUCUUAUACUGUCCCAGCACAGAGUUAGUCAGAAUCCCAGUGUUUCAGGUGAGGGAGGAGGACCUUAGUGACCCUGCUGUUGACUCUCUGCAGAGGUCAGGGGUCACUACAGCUGAGCAAGAUUAAAAUCCCUCAAUCAAUCUGACCAAAGACUCAGAAAACUGCAGAAUAAAUCUCAAAAUGUCUCCUGCUGUGAUGGUUUGUGGUUUGGGUUACUGCAGCUCGAGUGAACUCAGGCUGUCAGUUCUUCAAGCAUCCAACAAGUUUCAUUGUUCAAAUAUUCACCCACCACCUCCCAGUCCUCUUCUCCUCAGACCCUCCUAUCACUUCAUUUUAUGGUUUUAUUAACAGCAGCAAAGCAUAGAGAAAACAGCAGCCUAACAAGACUCAAAAUGAACUCCUCCUUGUGCUGAGAAUGUCAAAUUAGACAACAGGAGAGAGUUUCAGGAUCUUCAACUUGUACUGUAAUAAUAUUGGCAUCAAACUAACAACCUGAUGGUGAUCUGGACGGUGGACACACAGCCCUGUCUAUAACUUUUGUUUGACUCUUACUGGUAUUUUUGUCACAAAGAGCUUCACCAAGCAUCCACAAAAUAUCUUAAAAGCCCCACAAGAAGAUGGUUUAAAUGUUAAUGGUUCAUUGCAGUAAAAACAUAAAGUUUUCCCCUUGGAUUCAAACAGAAACUUGUAUUUCAGAUAAAAGUGACGGCUUCAGAGUGAACCUUUCUAAACCGUCUUCAGAAAAGAAGUUUCCAGAAGUGUGAUGGAGAUAUUCUAACCGUUUGGUUGACUCAUUUGCAGCCUGUUCAGUUAUUAUCAUAUACUACACUCACCGGCCACUUUAUUAGGUACACCUGUCCAACUGCUCGUUAACACUUAAUUUCUAAUCAGCCAAUCACAUGGCGGCAACUUAGUGCAUUUAGGCAUGUAGACAUGGUCAAGACAAUCUCCUGCAGUUCAAACCGAGCAUCAGUAUGGGGAAGAAAGGUGAUUUGAGUGACUUUGAACGUGGCAUGGUUGUUGGUGCCAGAAGGGCUGGUCUGAGUAUUUCAGAAACUGCUGAUCUACUGGGAUUUUCACGCACAACCAUCUCUAGGGUUUACAGAGAAUGGUCCGAAAAAGAAAAAAUAUCCAGUGAGCGGCAGUUCUGUGGGCGGAAAUGCCUUGUUGAUGCCAGAGGUCAGAGGAGAAUGGCCAGACUGGUUCGAGCUGAUAGAAAGGCAACAGUGACUCAAAUAACCACCCGUUACAACCAAGGUAGGCAGAAGAGCAUCUCUGAACGCACAGUACGUCGAACUUUGAGGCAGAUGGGCUACAGCAGCAGAAGACCACGCCGGGUGCCACUCCUUUCAGCUAAGAACAGGAAACUGAGGCUACAAUUUGCAGAAGCUCAUCGAAAUUGGACAAUAGAAGAUUGGAAAAACGUUGCCUGGUCUGAUGAGUCUCGAUUUCUGCUGCGACAUUCGGAUGGUAGGGUCAGAAUUUGGCGUCAACAACAUGAAAGCAUGGAUCCAUCCUGCCUUGUAUCAACGGUUCAGGCUGGUGGUGGUGGUGUCAUGGUGUGGGGAAUAUUUUCUUGGCACUCUUUGGGCCCCUUGGUACCAAUUGAGCAUCGUUGCAACGCCACAGCCUACCUGAGUAUUGUUGCUGACCAUGUCCAUCCCUUUAUGACCACAAUGUACCCAACUUCUGAUGGCUACUUUCAGCAGGAUAAUGCACCAUGUCAUAACGCUGGAAUCAUCUCAGACUGGUUUCUUGAACAUGACAAUGAGUUCACUGUACUCAAAUGGCCUCCACAGUCACCAGAUCUCAAUCCAACAGAGCAUCUUUGGGAUGUGGUGGAACAGGAGAUUCGCAUCAUGGAUGUGCAGCCGACAAAUCUGCGGCAACUGUGUGAUGCCAUCAUGUCAAUAUGGACCAAGCUCUCUGAGGAAUGCUUCCAGCACCUUGUUGAAUCUAUGUCACGAAGAAUUGAGGCAGUUCUGAAGGCAAAAGGGGGUCCAACCCGUUACUAGCAUGGUGUACCUAAUAAAGUGGCCGGUGAGUGUAUAUUGCUCACAGAAGCCGUUGUAAAAUCGACCAGUCAUUUUUUGUCUUUUUCUAAAUCCUGUCUGUCUUGGUCUCCGUCUCUGUCCAGGUUCCUUAAGGCUCUGAGUUUUGCAUCUCUGGAUAAAGAGGACCUGCUGAGUCCCAUAAACCAAAACUCUCUGCAGACUUCGUCCUCUGUUCGCUCCAUCGUCUCCUCCGGAUCCUUCAGAUCCACCGAGGAGUUUAUGGGGCUGGCUCUGCCCGUCAACAUCAACAACAUGCUUCAGGUGAGGAGAGGAACCUGUGACAGAGAGGACUUUUAAGAAAGAGGAAUCACGUUCAGUAAACCUUUUUUUGUACCGCCAUCAGAUUAAAGAGACGGCGUAUUUUAAGAAGAGACUGAGUCCACCCUCUGAGGAUCGCUCUGCUGGAUUCUUCUCUGGAGGAUCUGAGGGUGAGAAACACUUUGAUUACCAUCAGACAAAUUUCACACACUCACACACACACACACACACACACACACACACACACACACACACACACACACACACACACACACACACACACACACACACACACAUAGAGAUGUCUGUUAUCCUGCAGCACAGCUUGUGGUCUGUUAGCUGCUCUCUGUGUGUUUUCAGAUUUCAGCGACAGCGGUUCAUCGAGGCUUCGCCCCCAGCUCAGCAUCACUGAGCUGCUGAUGGUGAGCCGGGUGGACCAGAAGCAGGUCCUGGAUUCACAUGAGACUGGCUUGCAGGAUCACAACCAGACCAACUGUCUGUACUGUUCUGGACUGACUGUGACAGGGUCUGGCUCUGAGGACAGGAGCACAGGUGGGACGCUGCAUCAGAGAUAAAGAGCUACGGUGUGAAUUUCCUCCUGAUGGUUCUAGGUUCUAUUUAUUUAUUUGUUCUGUCUCUGAUAGACUCCUCAGAGCCCCCCCAAAGCUCAGACAGACUUAGUCCAGCAGCUCCAGCAGACCAGCUAGAGGUCCUGAUCCAAAAGGAGCCGUCAGGGGGGUCAGGUUGCAGUGACGCCACGUCUCAGGGGUCUACAGGAAGCGGGCGCAGCACAGAGCUGGUUCUGGGUGGGUACCUGACUCAGAAUAAUGACUCAAAGCUUAGUGAAGAUCUCCACUUCAUUGAACUGUCUCCUCGCAAGUCUGUAAAAUAUCUAAUUUCUGUAAACUUCACAGAACAUUUUUCAUUUUCUGUUGGCAGAUUUUUGAAACUCAUUACGGACAUUUCAUUUCUAAGUUUGGGAGACGAAUAAGCUAAACUAAGACAGUCUUUGGCUGGUGCUCACGGCUUAAAUUAAGCCUUAUGAGACAUUUUGUUCCACCCAAAGACAAACACACUUACUAGAACAUACAUUUUCACAGUGAAUGUCUACACGCUGUUCAUUAAUUUGCGUCAUUUUUAACUCUAAAUGUUUUUAAAAUGGUAAAAACUCCAAAAAGUCACCUGACAUGUUCUUUAUAUCUCAGAUUUUGCUGAAUUUAAAACAUGAAAGUAGCACCAAAUUCAUAAUCUGCGGUUUUUCUGCAAAAUGUCAUUGAUUGAUUCAGUCGUUUCGAUUCUGAGCAGAGUUAAUCCCUCAAAUUUAUUCUCAAGAAGAGAAAAUAUUUUAAUUGUCUGAAUUGGCUAAAGAUGAAAAAAGAAGUAAUCAGAUCUGAACUUUCAUGUCUCUGGAUUCACGUGGUUAUUCUGUAUAUAGGAGUCAAGUCAAUCCCUGAAGAUGCUCCUGCUGGUCAGGUUCUCCUGAGGAAAGAGGUUCUCCGCCUGAUCAUCAACCUCAGCUCGUCUGUAGGAACCAAGAACCACGAGACCAACCUGCUCACGUGAGGCUGCAAAGAUCUUAUUAACCCUAAAAAACCCUCAUGAACAGAGCAUGUAUCUGUGCAGCCAUAUUUGCGGCUGCAGACAUCCAUCAAACUGCUGUGAUACGUCCAUACUUGCUCUGUCUGAUCUGUUUCUUUCAUGUGUUUUGGGGUUUCAGGAUUAAGGAGAAGUUUCCAUCUGCGUUUGACGACGUCUGCCUGUACUCGGAGGUUUCCUUUCUCCUCGCUCGCUGCUCCUUCCGUCUGACAUCUCGCCGCUUUAUUCAGGAGCUCUUCCAGGAUGUUCCCUUCACACCUGUAAGAAAAAAAUAUUUCUACAGUUUCUUUAGUCCAGGAUCUUUGAAGCCGUACUGAAUCAAUGUGUCCGCAGGAGGUGUCUUUAAGUCCAGAAAUAGAAGUAUGGACAGGCUCUUAGUGUGUCCUGAUGCUGGUCUUUGCUCUCUGUGCCUGUCGAUAUAUUUUUGAAGCUUCAGAUUCAGAAGUUUCAGGAUUCAGGUGUAAACCUGGUCCAUCUUUAGAGAACCAAACUUUUGGCUUUCCUACAAACUAGAAAGCCUGACUGUUCACUCUUGAAGUGCAGCCGAACAGUGCUGUUUUUCCAACCAUCAGGCUGCUUACAACAGCAGCUCUGACUCUCUGUCCAGGGUCUCUGUCGUCCUGAGCGGAGUUCUGAUUUUCAACCUGACAGAGUAACACUCACUUGAGGAUGGCUAAGCUCUUUAGUCCAUUUCAGGUAGGAUUAUAUACGUCAAGUGUAAAGCAGAAGUGACACUAUUGAAAUAAAUAAAAUUAAACAGAAAUGAAAGCUUUUAACAUCCAAGUCAAAACUCACUCCGAAACAAACUUUGAUGAUUAAUGACUAAUGGAUUAACUGGCAUGUGCCCAGCUCUGACCGCUGUUAUAAAUCUGCAUCUGCUCACUGACUGCCUUUCUGUGCUUCUCAGCUGUAUGAAGAGGCAGAGAGCAUCCUGUCCACGUCGCCACGGAGACCCUCAACUCCGCCCUCUGACACCUGAUUCACCUGACUGCAUCAUGAACUCACCUCUGUGGGGAGACACCUACACCUCCAUCAACUGACUGUAACUUCACACACACACACACACACACACACACACACACACACACACACACACACACACACACACACACACACACACACACACACUCUGGGUUCUGCUUGCAUGCAAAGAUGGACUACACAUCUCCUCCUGUCGUAUGAAAGUGAAGGCAGUUCACCUCUCCGGUGUCACAGGUUUGAGUCUCUGAAUGGUUUUGCUUCAUUUUCAGGGGCAGACAUGUCGUCCAUCUUUUCAUACAGACUGAGUAAGCAGCUCUCUGCACAUUAAGGCCACUUUCUGAAUUAGAUUUUUCCGUAAGCAAAUAAAAAUGUCACGCACAGAAACCUUACUCACUUUUUUGAUCUACAAGUCAGAAAACGCACAAUGGAAGACUGCAAAAAAGGUAGACGAUUGUUCUGGGGUCAGUCUGCACAGCACAAGAUCAUAUAUCCUUUUUAACAUAAGACAUAGUCAGAUGAAAUAAGUGGUCUUUGCCAUCAGAAGCUGAUUUGUGUGACAUUUUUACUGGAUUACAAAUCCACUAAACAUGUGCUCAGUGUGAAGAUUUGUAUGUGUCCUCAGUCUACCUGUGGGUUAAAAAGCACAAAAAGCUCAGCGUUCAAUCAGACAAAGGUAACACCUCCGCUGUGAUGGACCCUGAAGGCCUCACUGUGACAGAGGAUAAUUUUACAGGUGUUGGAAUCCAGAUACUGAGUCAGAGAGACCUGAGCACACCUAAACUGAACUAAACUUUAUGGAAGAGUGAAUAUUUUCACUGAUAUCUCAGCAACACGUUCAUGUGUUCAAAAGUGUAGCACCUUUGUGUCCAUACAGAGUUUUUAGUAUGGGCUUGUGUCUGUGUUACGAUAUCAAUAAUGAUUUAGGUUGAUUUAUCGCACAGAGAGGAGUUGGAGUCAGGGUCCUUGUAUCAGUAGAUAAAUGCUGAGGUUUGCACAAAGAGAGGAGACUUAGUAAGUGUGGUCACAUUCUCCCACAUCUCCUUAGGUUAGCUGCAUAGACCUGAUAGGCACAGAAAUCAAGUUUACAGGCCAUAAGUGAUGCCUGAAUCACCUUAUUUCUGGAAUUGUUUGCUAAAUAAGAUUAACAUUAAAUAUACUACAAUUUUAUGAGUAGAAAUGAAAUCAACACGCUCACUAAGGUGUGUGUUUCUGCAGCGUUGAAGUUAGACAAUCCUUAUAUGUGACUCUGUUGUUCUUGAUUUUGUGAUUUCAGUGACAUUUAGCACUAACACUGAUAAAACACUGACUCGGCUCCUCUCACCUAGUAGCAAUAACUGUUAUACUUUGUGUUGUAAUACUUGUGUGAACAUUCAGAGGAACUUUUUGGGCAUGUAGUGAAAAUCUUUGUGUCAAAGGACAUCAGGGUAUGUUAUUUAUAUAUCUGAUCAAUGCUAAAAAAACUGCCUGCAUCUCUCACUUUAUAUUUAACUGUAGCUACAAAAUGCAAAGAGUGAUUUUAUCGACCAAUGCCGAUUUUGAAGGAAAGGUUUGUAGGUUUGUAACAGAUCCUGUGCAGGAUUUCAGAGCAGGAAUAAAAGAAGAUGUUUUCUAUUUGCACUGAUAUGACUGCUGCUUUAUCAAAUGAAUGACUUUAUUAGAUAAUAUUUGAUAACAAUAUCAAUAAGCACUGUGAACAAACUACAAAAAGAGACUAUUUCUACGUUUUGCCAAGCACAUAACCUGAAUUUUACGCUCUGAAAUAUGAGAAAACACACUCCGAUCAAUCUGCGAGAGGCCUGUAGAGGAGCUCAUGAAGAGUUUGCACAAGUCUAAAAUUUAAAGCUGGUUUGUAUAGUAGCUGUUUGACAGUGAGUGCUGUUUAAAUCUGUAACUCUGCAGCUCUGAGAGGAUUUUUUAUGAUGAAAUGUCAACAAAUUACUGCUUUACCUCAUCCUUAUCUUUAAUUUGAUUCAUCUUUAGAGCUUAAAUUUAACAAUGAAGGACAGACUGAAAGAUUCACAUGUGCUGCUGUCAUUUAUGAAUCAGAUUUACUCUGCCCAGUUCUGUACAAACAGCAUGUUUUAUGACUAAAGCCGUUUAAUUUAGCAUUACUAAGCCCUAAAAAAUUACUUCAGGUCUAAAAUAGGUUUAUAGUGUGAAAAUGAAAAAACUAAUGGCUGAAAAGUAAAAAAGGAAUUAAGUUAGAUUCUUUUAGAGAGCUUAGUCUUGAAUAGAUUUGCCGUUAGGUUUGAACAAGAAUCUCUGUCUUAUUUAAAGGUCCCAUAUGAUGAAAAACAGGUUUUUCCUUGCCUAUACAUACUGCAGUGCUUUAGUCAUCCUUCAGCUUCUUGACCCAGAGACAGUGGAAAUGAAAAAGCCUCUGCUUUGCUUCUGCAGCCUACUUUCUGGAAAAACAGAGAUAUUAUCUCCUGUGGUGACCUAACAACAGGAGUGACUUACAUGUGUAUGCAGUAACAAUCCCACUUCUCGAGCAGCUCUGCUUCCUCCUAAGAUAUUUACUACAGUUGCUUUAGUCUGACUGAAAUAACAUCAAACUGAACUUCCAAAAGUCAGACUAUCAUACCUGAAUAACAUGGAUUUUUUUCUGUCAUAUGUUCAUGAGACUGAAUUGACAAGGACAAUAGUUCGGUUAAAUUGCUACAUGGGCUUUAUUAUGGGCCAGCUCCAGUUGCAUGUGGUGGUAUUAGUGGAAUCAUACGCCACAGCUUCAGUGAGUAACCCUUGUGUCUGAUGAGUUAGACCUCUUCAGAAAACACAUCUUAGAAGCCCUCAGCGUACCAGGUUGAAAACAAAUGGACUAGUCGUCUCACACAGCUGUAUCCUCUAAGAGUACAAACUGUGCUGUUGUGCAGGGCGAAGGUUUCAUGCAUACCUGCAGGCCAAUGAGCCACAAACUUCAGAAACAAACACCCCACAUAUGUGAUAAUAACAAGCAAUAUUUAUGUGCACUCUGUAUUUACUCAGCUGCUAGGAGCAGUCAGAAGCCGUAGACUUUGUUGGUACCCAUGAAAAGAUCAGAGCUGCUAAAAUAUUGAUGAACUGGAAUUGUUUUCUUCUUUACAAACUGGUUCUGCUUUUGUUUCACGAAUGAAACCAAUCAUCUUUAUUCUGUUACAGCAGCAGACAACCACAGAAAACAGCAGCUCUUCUUUAUUUUCUUCUACGUUUGGCUACAAGUGGAGCUGAUUUCUUAGUUUGUGCCAACCGCUCCACCUUAGACUGCUCCAACAAAGUGGGUCAGCACAAAUCUGGGUUUGCUGCAGCACUGACCCUCAUUAAAGGUUCUUUCCCAACAGUCGCAGACCAAGAAACAGUCAGUGUGCCAUCGCUUAGCUUCAGUUUGUUAAAAGAAAUAUUUGUCUCAGUUCUGAUGCAUCUUCUUCUGGAGGGCUCGCCAAGUUUGUUUUGGUGUUUUCCCACCUCCCCAUCUGUCCUUAGCCAAUCAGCACCGCGUCAAAUUAUCAUAGCAGCCCCGUCCGCCCAGAUCACUGCAUGGAUAAUGAGUCCAGAAACUGAGAGGCUGCAGAUCCUCCAAGGUAGCUGAACUCUGGUCUAUAUUUUUGGAGUUUGGAGUUAUUAAGUAAUAAAAACAUGAUAUGGGACCUUUGAAACAGCAACAACAGAUGAAAAAAAAAACUGUGAAGGUUAGGUUAGGUUUAUUUUGAUUCUCUGCCAAAAAAAAUAUAUAUAUAUAUAAAGUGAAACAUAUCAGAGUUUAAAAAUCACAUUUUUGAGUAGCAGGUAAAAAUGAGCAUAAAUAGAUAAGACAGAUGUUUUUCCUUCAGCUCUUUAUUAUUAAAAACAAAGACUCUUGCCAAGCUCCAUAUGUUAUUCUAAACAUACAUGUUUGAGUAUUUUUACUAAGAAAAUUUAUUAAUUUAAAACCUUUUCUUUUCAUAUCUUUGAAAUGAAUUUUGUUGUUUAAUUUGUUUGACUCAUUUUUGAAGAUUUUAGGAGCUUCACUAAGCCCUGAAAUGACUGCAGCACUAAGAUGCGUUUUAAAAAAAAAUUUAUGUCAUCAGCCACAAAAAUGAUGAAUUCACUCUACAGCAGAAAGAAGAGCUUUAACGAGGUUUGGACCAAAUCCCUCAUUAACAAAAAUCUCAAUUACCUUACACAGGAGCAGAAGACAAAAAUAUGUUCAGACAGAUUUUUUAAAUUAUUUAUUUCACAUUGAUUUGCACGAGGAGCUCAAACAUUUUAAAGUUUAAUUCUUGAGAAGAACUUUGAGAAUUUGCACAAAGAAACUUUGCACUCAAAUUUCUCUUCCAGCUGUUUGUGGCGUAAAAUACCGAGACCCUCAUUCAACACUGUGUGCCAAUUUUUACAGUAGUGAGCCAAAAAUCAAGUUUUUAUUGAAUUUGAUCAGAUGAGACUGAACUGUUUGUCUCUGUACAGAGUCGUGUUUCUUUAUGGAAACAUAAUAUACAGACAUAUGCAAGAGAAAUCUCAAAGGUUGUGAAAUAUCUAUGAUGUUGUGCCAUGACUGAUUUAAACUCAGACUGCACUUUGUGAAUGAACUGUAGCCUCACUCUCCUCUGUUAAACUGCAGACUGAUAAACCUGCUCUGAGCUUCAUGUUUCACUGAUAAAUGAUGUAAAUGUGACUUUAUGUGGAAACACUAAGACACGCCUGUCCAUCUCUGUUAUUUAACAAUUCUGUUCCUACUGUCUGUGUAUAAAGAUUUUAAAGGAAAUGUGACAAUAACAGAUUAUUGCCUGUCUGAAAUGUGCAGACUGCUGAUAUCUGAAAUAAAGAGGAAUGAAAUCCAAA